AGCCUACUCUCAGCAGGCCCGUCUUGCUUCCGAGGAUGGCCAGGGUUCUAGAAUGUGGUCAUGUCAAGGGUCUCAUUAUGGGAUUGGUUCUGGAACCCCUGAACCAAUCACACCCUUUUUCCAAGAGGAGGGUUAAGUGGAAGGCCGGGCAGCUCUUUCCGCUGCCUCCCCCCACCUUGAAAAAAUGGAUGAUGCCUCCGCUUCGGCGGGAUACUCUCACCGCCACAUGGAGAGGAAGAUGAGCGCCAUGGCGUGUACAGUCUUCAACGAACUUCGGCUGGAAGGGAAGCUCUGUGACGUCAUCAUCAAGGUCAACGGGUGCGAGUUCAACGCCCACAAGAAUAUCCUCUGUAGCUGCAGCUCCUAUUUUAGAGCCUUGUUUACCAGUAGCUGGAACAACACAGAGAAGAGAGUAUAUAAUAUUCCUGGCAUAACCCCAGAUAUGAUGAAGCUCAUUAUCGAAUACGCCUACACGAGGACAGUGCCCAUCACCGUGGACAAUGUAGAGAGACUCUUGGUGGCCGCCGACCAGUUCAACGUGAUGGGCAUCGUCCGGGCUUGUUCCGACUUCAUGAAGUGCCAACUGUGUCUCGAGAAUUGCAUCGGCAUCUGCAAAUUCACCGAGUACUACUACUGCCCUGACCUGAGGCAGACGGCCUACAUGUUCAUCCUGCACAACUUUGAGGAGAUGGUGAAAGCGUCUACUGAAUUCCUGGAGCUCUCGGUCAAUGAGUUUAAGGACAUCAUUGAAAAGGACGAACUCAACGUGAAACAGGAAGACGCCGUCUUCGAGGCCAUCCUCAAGUGGAUCGCCCACAACCCCCUGAGCAGGAAACAGCACAUGGCAGUCCUGCUUCCAAAGGUGCGCCUGGCCUUGAUGCACGCCGAGUACUUCAUGAACAACGUCAAAAUGCACGACUACGUCAAGGACAGCGAGGAGUGCAAGCCCAUCGUGAUCGACGCCCUGAAGGCCAUGUACGACCUCAACAUGAACGGCCCGUCCAGCUCCGACUUCACCAACCCGCUGACGAGGCCCCGCCUGCCGUACGCCAUCUUGUUCGCCAUCGGCGGCUGGAGCGGCGGGAGCCCGACCAACGCCAUCGAGACGUACGAUGCCCGGGCGGACCGCUGGGUGAACGUGACGUGCCAGCAGGAGAGCCCCCGGGCCUACCACGGGGCGGCCUACUUGAAGGGCUACGUCUACAUCAUCGGGGGCUUCGACAGCGUGGACUACUUCAACAGCGUCAAGCGGUUCGAGCCCGUCAAGAAGACGUGGCACCAGGUGGCCCCCAUGCACUCGCGGCGCUGCUACGUGAGCGUCACCGUCCUCGAGAACUUCAUCUACGCCAUGGGUGGCUUCGACGGCUACGUGCGCCUCAACACGGCUGAGAGGUACGAGCCCGAGACCAACCAGUGGACCCUGAUAGCCCCCAUGCACGAGCAGAGGAGUGAUGCGAGCGCCACCACCCUGUACGGAAAGGUCUACAUAUGCGGUGGCUUCAACGGGAAUGAGUGCCUCUUUACGGCCGAGGUGUACGACGCCAAGAUUGAUCAGUGGAGCUUGAUCGCACCGAUGAGAAGCAGGCGGAGCGGCAUUGGCGUGAUCGCGUACGGGGAGCACGUCUACGCCCUAACGCUGGCUUUUUGUGGUCCGCAGGUGGGCGGAUUUGACGGCGCCAACCGCCUCCGGAGCGCCGAGGCGUACAACCCCAUCGCCAACACCUGGAGGACCAUCCCCACCAUGUUCAACCCUCGGAGCAACUUCGGCAUCGAAGUGGUGGACGACCUCCUCUUCGUGGUGGGGGGCUUCAACGGCUUCACGACGACGUUCAACGUGGAGUGCUACGACGAGAAGACGGACGAAUGGUACGACGCCCACGACAUGAGCAUCUACCGCAGCGCCCUGAGCUGCUGCGUGGUGCCCGGGCUGCCCAACGUCGGGGAGUACGCUGCCAGGCGGGAGAACUACGUGGGGUCAUCCCAGAGGGAUGAGGUCAAAUACUCCUCAUCCACAAGCACACUCCCUGUGUGAAUACUAUCUCUCCUUGACUAAUAAAGCCCUCUAAGCAAGAACUCUA